AGCUACAAUUUCUUAUACAAACAUAUAUUUUGCUAAAAAUUUCAAAUGAAUCGUCCAGAGUUGGAUUAUUAUGCGGUCUUGGACGUAUUGCGGACAGCGUCUAAGGAGCAAAUAACCCUGGCCUAUCGCAGGAUGGCUGUACGUUUGUGUCCGCAUCGCGAUAAGAAGCACGAACAGGAUUUUGUGCCAUUUGGCCAGGAGGGACGACUCUCGCAUAUGUCACCCUUAGGCGAGGAGAAGCAGUGGGCGUAUAUAAAUAUGGCCUUUGAUGUCCUGGGCAAUGACCUAUAUCGCUCUAUAUACGAUCGCUAUGGCGAGGCAGGUCUCUUCGAGGGUGUUAUGCUGCCCAAUGGCUACUUUCCACCCUACCAGUAUCAUGGCAAUCACAUGAAAGUAUAUCAGGAUGUCUUUGCAAGCUAUUCGCCCUACGCUAAUAUCAUAGAUGCCAUCACAAAUCCUCCCAGCUUGUAUGCCACACGUGAGCAUGGAAUUGGAGUACGCAGCAAGGAUGCAGAUACCGAACGCACCAUAUUGCUUUCAUUGGAGGAGGUGCGCACUGGCUGUGUGAAGCUGAUGCAUGUCUGGCGGCAGGAGAUUGUGGAGGAGUCGCGAUUGGAGAAACGGAAGCACACACUCAAACUUAAUAUACGACCCGGGACCACGGCUGGAACACGCUACUGUUUUAAGGAGGAAGGAGAUCGUUACCCCACCACCAUACCGGGUGAUAUUAUUUUCAUAGUCGCUGACAAACCGCAUCCACGUUUCGAGCGUCGCAAUAUGCACGAUCUCGUGUACCGCUAUGAUAUAACCAUUGCCCAAGCCCUCACCGGCUUUACAUUCUUUGUGGAGACCCUGGAUAAGCGUAAGCUAAAGAUUGUCAUUUCGGAUGUCGUCACUCCAGGCUAUAUUAAGAUUGUACCGCGUGAGGGUUUACCAAAAUGCCAGAAUAUGGAUGCCGUGACUGCCAUUAAGCAGGCCAAUAAGAAAAUCGAGGACUUUGGCGAUCUAAUCAUUGAGUUUAAUUAUUUAUUUCCAAAAUAUUUAACGCCCGAAAUGAAAACCAUGACGCGCGAGUUCUUUGACGAAUUUCAUAAACUGGAGCUAGAACUGGAGGAGGAGGAGGCAAAAAAUAUGAAUCUUGAAUAAAAAAAAUUAACGUUUCGUUCUGUC